AUGUUAGACUGUGAGUCUGCAGGCUGGUAUCCAGAGCCUGAGGUGUUGUGGCUGGACGGUGAGGGAAAGCUCCUCUCUGCUGGACCUACAGAGACAGUCAGAGGUCCUGAUGACCUCUAUACUGUCAGCAGCAGAGUGACUGUGGAGAAGAGACACGGCAACAGCUUCACCUGUAGAGUCCAACAGAGGAACAUCAGCCUGACAAGAUACACACACAUUCAUGUUGCAGGUAGACAAAUAAUAAUAAAAUCAGGAUUUGAUUACUGGCCUAAUGUCAAACUGUUGAAGCUUAGUAUGAACCAACAAGUGUUGUGUUUUGCCUUUUUAAUCAUUCCAGAUAAUGUCCUCGUGGUCCCAUCUUGCUUCAUUGUUCAUGUCAGCAUUAGCUUGGCCGCUUGCUUCAUUUCUGUCCUCACAGUCAUCUUCAUUGUGAAGAAAUGUGGACUGAACAAGACCAGUGCUCACCACUGGGAUGAUAGCAUACAGACUGAACUUGGAAAAAGAGAGAAGAUCCCAACAUCCAGAACCACCACGGAGCAUCUGUCCAUGACUGAAGGAACAAACAGAGAGAAACUCAUGGGAGAAGGGAAUGAGAAAGCUGAUGGUCUGGACGAGACGGACACAGACCUCAAGGGAGGCUUACUGGGGGCACAUUUAGACCAGGUAAUGAGGAACUUGGAGGACCAGAAGACGGCUCUGGAAAAACAGAUAGAUAAACUCAAGUCAGGACAGCUGGAGGUGCUGAAACGGAUAUGGGAGAGCGAGAAGAAGCUUGAGAAUCCUGCCUCAUUUGACAGAGAGAGAAAACAGCAGAAGCGUGAAGCAGCUAAAAGGGAACUAGAGAAGAGAAAACAAGAACAUGACGAACUGCUACAGACCAUGGAGACUCUACUGGAGACAACAAAGGAGAUAAUUACUAAAGUGAAAACAAAUAAAGGAAAAACUAGAGAAGGAUAA